GAAAAGAGGAUAGAUGCCAGCAAGGAAAUUGGGACAAUUGAGCACCUGAAAAUUAUCUUCUUCUUCAGACAGAGAGUUGAGUUGUGUUUGUCUCACAAACACAGAAAGAGGCCAUGGCUUCUCCUUCUUCUCAUCUCACAGCUAUUCCACAACGCUUCUCAAACCCCUCCUUCUCCCACUUGAACUCAAAGCCAGUUGGGCUCAAAGUGAGGUCAAGUUUGGAAAAUGAGAGCAAUGGCACUGAGGAUUCUGGUAACUCAUCAUCAAAACCUCUUAAGGGAUCUAAACCAGCAAUCAAUCGACGCUUAUGUCUUGCUUGUCUGUGCUCUACCGUUCCAUUAAUAAACGAUUUCAGCAAUUCUAGUUCCAAAACCAAAGCUUUAGCAAUGGAUGGAAAUGGAAUGGACAGACCAGGAUGUCGAAAUUGUGGAGGCAGUGGUGCUGUACUUUGUGAUAUGUGUGGUGGUACAGGAAAAUGGAAAGCACUCAAUAGAAAAAGAGCCAAAGAUGUUUAUGAGUUCACAGAAUGUCCAAAUUGUUAUGGUAGAGGAAAGCUUGUUUGCCCUGUGUGUUUAGGGACUGGUGUACCAAACAACAAGGGGCUUCUCAGAAGGCCAGAUGCACAAAAGUUGCUUAGUAAGAUGUACAAUGGUCAUCUAAUACCGAAUUCAUAACCCGUUUCGACUGCCAUGGAAAAUCCCACAGAAGGGGUCUUACCUCCUUACCUACAUACCUUGUGUUGUAUACAACAUGUUAGAAGAAGGGUCAUAUAUGUAUAGAUUAUUCUAAAGAUAGAGCUCCCAUCUAUAAGAACAUUAAUUUUGAGGGAUGUAAACUAUUACCAUUGUUACUUAUUUUUGGUGCUAUGUUUUACACAUUGAGAAAAAUGUGGCUAUAGAUAGUUAUGUAAGGUAUGAUUUGAGUAGCAGAUAGUGAAAAGGAUUUUCUGUUAUUUUUAUAUAAUUCUGUUUCUCUUA